AUGACUUCAGUAGGUGAGCUAUUCCUAUUUCGCAACGGCAAAGACUUGUAUCUGACAAGUGUAUCAGAAUGUAGUCGAAUAUUGACCAUCCCAUCUGUUUCUUACCAGGAUAGUCAAGAUGGGUACUUCAAUCUUGAAGACGUCAAGUCUAUUGUGGUUGAUAGUCGCUUUGCGACCUCAGUCGACAGAGAUGGACACUCCCUUAUCCCACCGACCUUGGAGGAAUUUGCCAGGAUCUUUUGCGAAGAUUUGAGACCCAUUCUAAAUCGUAAACCUCGAUUCGAAUACGGAGCCAGGCCUAGAAAAGGUUCUAUUUUUAUAACGGUUGACAAGAGUCGAGAAAAAUACCUGGAUGCCGCCAAACGAUACACCUCGGAAGGUUAUUCGAUCGAGACUAACAAAGACAGUAUCCUAGUCAAAGGUGCCAGCCCUCUGGGAGCCUGGUGGGGAACUCGAACCAUCUUGCAAGCUAUGGCUCUGGAAGGCCACCUGCCGUACGGACAUAUUACUGAUUCUCCUGGUUGGGUCGAUAGGGGAGUUAUGGUAGGUAACAUGAUUAACUGCUUAAUCAUUGUUUUCUAUAAUUGCUAUGAUAGGUGA